GGUGUGCGUGAGAACGGACGCGCGCCGCGGCGGCGGCGGCGGCGAGGACGGCGGCGACGGCAGCGGCCGAGGGGGCGGCGGCUACGAGGGGGGUGCGGAGCGGGCGGAAGAGGCGUCCGUGCGGGCUGUGAGGUCGCAGAGGAACAUCGUGGGGAUCAACGACUAUCACCAGUUCUACAAGAUGAGUAACAGCCACCCUCUUCGCCCCUUUACUGCAGUGGGGGAGAUUGACCAUGUGCACAUUUUGUCUGAACAUAUUGGUGCCUUGUUGAUUGGGGAAGAAUACGGCGAUGUCACAUUUGUUGUGGAAAAGAAACGUUUUCCUGCCCACAGGGUAAUUUUAGCAGCAAGGUGCCAAUAUUUUCGAGCAUUACUGUAUGGUGGAAUGCGAGAAUCUCAGCCUGAAGCCGAAAUCCCUCUUCAAGACACCACUGCAGAAGCAUUCACAAUGCUGCUUAAAUACAUCUACACUGGGCGGGCAACGCUGACAGAUGAGAAGGAGGAGGUGCUGCUGGACUUUUUGAGCCUGGCUCAUAAAUACGGAUUUCCAGAGCUGGAGGAUUCCACCUCUGAGUACCUCUGCACCAUACUUAACAUUCAGAAUGUCUGUAUGACUUUUGAUGUUGCCAGUCUCUACUCACUUCCCAAGUUAACUUGCAUGUGCUGCAUGUUUAUGGACAGAAAUGCUCAGGAGGUACUCUCAAGCGAAGGCUUCCUCUCCCUUUCUAAGACAGCACUUUUAAACAUCGUAUUAAGAGAUUCAUUUGCAGCUCCUGAAAAAGAUAUUUUCCUAGCCUUGUUAAAUUGGUGUAAGCAUAAUUCAAAGGAGAAUCAUGCUGAAAUCAUGCAGGCUGUGCGUUUGCCUCUGAUGAGCCUCACUGAACUUCUGAAUGUCGUGAGGCCUUCAGGACUGUUGUCUCCUGAUGCCAUCCUGGAUGCUAUUAAAGUUCGAUCAGAGAGCCGGGACAUGGACCUCAAUUAUAGAGGCAUGCUCAUACCAGAAGAAAACAUUGCAACUAUGAAGUAUGGAGCCCAGGUUGUGAAAGGGGAGCUGAAGUCUGCCUUAUUAGAUGGUGACACUCAGAAUUAUGAUUUGGAUCAUGGAUUUUCUAGGCACCCAAUUGAUGAUGACUGUCGUUCUGGCAUUGAGAUUAAGCUAGGUCAGCCGUCCAUUAUCAAUCAUAUACGGAUCCUCCUGUGGGACCGAGAUAGCCGGUCUUAUUCAUACUUCAUUGAAGUGUCAAUGGAUGAACUUGAUUGGAUCAGAGUGAUUGAUCAUUCACAGUAUCUGUGUCGUUCGUGGCAAAAGUUAUAUUUUCCAGCCCGCGUCUGCAGGUAUAUUCGAAUAGUUGGGACUCACAACACAGUGAAUAAGAUUUUCCACAUUGUGGCUUUUGAAUGUAUGUUUACAAACAAAACCUUCACUCUGGAGAAGGGGCUGAUAGUUCCCAUGGAGAAUGUUGCAACAAUCGCUGAUUGUGCCAGUGUGAUUGAAGGAGUCAGUCGGAGCCGAAAUGCCUUGCUGAACGGGGACACUAAGAACUAUGACUGGGAUUCUGGUUAUACGUGUCAUCAGCUAGGAAGUGGCGCGAUUGUGGUUCAGCUGGCCCAGCCCUACAUGAUUGGGUCAAUACGGUUAUUGCUGUGGGACUGUGACGACCGGAGCUACAGCUACUAUGUUGAGGUUUCCACCAACCAGCAGCAGUGGACCAUGGUGGCCGACAGAACCAAAGUCUCCUGCAAGUCCUGGCAGUCAGUAACUUUUGAAAGACGUCCAGCAUCCUUCAUCCGAAUCGUUGGAACACACAACACAGCAAACGAGGUGUUCCACUGCGUCCACUUUGAGUGUCCCGAGCAGCAGAAUGGCCAGAAGGACAACAGCGAUGAGUCCGGGACAGGGGACGCCGGCGCGGCCGGUCAGCAGCUCGACCCCCAUGCCCUGCAGGCCCCCAGCGGCAGCUCCCUGCCCUCCAGCCCCGGCUCCAACUCGCGCUCACCCACCCGGCAGCACCAAUAAAGGAUCGCACGUGUGGAGAGACUCGGGUGGCCAGGUGGCGUGGGAGCCGUGUCCCCGCCCGAGCAGGGAUCCCUGUGGACUCCCCCCACACCCUCCCCCUGGAGGAGCAGACCUGGCCGCCGGAAGGGACACAGAACGCGUUUCCUCCCAAGGACACAAAGGGGCUGCUCUGUUCUCCUCAAUUUGUCCAAAUCAGGCUGGUCUCCAGAGGGAAAGAGUGGGUCUUCAAUCUUCAUCAAGUCCUCCAUUAACACCCUACCUCUAAUCUAACCCGCAAAGGGCACAGAAGGAAGUAAUAGACAGGCCCGGGUCAGCAUACAGAAACGGCCCGUGGACACGGGCCUAGAAGGGAGUGUAUCAGGCCUUCACCCAGAGGCGCCCUGGGGAAGUAGGUUUCAUAGUGUGUUUACUUUUAUGGAACACAUUGCCCUGGCAACUAAAUGGUUUUUUAUUUCUUUUAGUUACUCUCCAUUUGCUGAAUCAUAGGUGUUCCAGAUCUUUUUGAAAGGCUCAAACCGCAAGUCACUUGUUUUAAUCCCUUUUGAUGCUGUAAUUUUCCUUCCUUAGUUUUGAAUGGUGGAGUGUGGGGUAGAGCGGAAAACUAGCGUGCGCGUCUCCUCAGGGCGGCAUGGAGGCAGGGCUUCAUGGUCUGACAAGGAAAAUCCUUUGAGGAAGUUCAACAAAAUACACAAUGAACAAAUCAAUCUGCGGACACUGGAGUUAAUAAUCACUCAAAGUGCCAGGUUAUUAACCUGUCAUUCCUGAAACGUAUCCCGCCUUUAAGCUUGGGAGGCUGACAAGGAAACGGUGAUCAUGCACCAGCUAAUUUCACAUUCAGAAGUAGGCACAGAUAAACAUGCCCCAGCUCCUGGCUGGGCAGACCCGCCCUGUUUGCUGCAGGUUGGUUAGCAGAGGUGCGUGGAGGUGGCCGUCCUGCCAGUCAGGGUCUGGAAUGCAAGAGGGGCCCUUCCUGCCCACUGGUGGUCAGCGGUUGCUGCUUUUCCCCCAGACCAUAAUACUCAGCCAGUGAUUGGGAAAGAACAAAUCAGUUCUAAGCUUUCCUCUUAAUCCUCAUCAUCUGACAGCUGUCGCUUGAUCUGCUCUGCGUGUCUGAGUGAUGUCCGCCCGGCGCUGACCGCCCUGAGCGCCCCUCCCCAGGCUCUCCCGGGGGCCGGCUGCGGCGGUCAGGCCCUCCGCGUUGCCUGCCUGAGGCAGGGCGGGCACUUUUCUUUGUCUUAAGCACACAUUGGUCGUGGGUGUGCAAAAAGACAGUGGGUCGGCUCUUUCCUCCCAGUGUGACAUAGAUGUGAGUGGUUUAUCAGUCCGGAGGAGUGGGGUCGCUUCAAGCUGCAUGAAUAAACCAGAUGGCUGUCUU